UGUCCACAAAACUAAGCAUUUCAUGUUUAAUUUUGGAUGGGGCGUCCGUUGCCGAGUGGUUAGUGUCAUUGAUAUCAAAUCACUUGCCCUUCGUGGUUGUUGUUCCGUAUUCCUCCAGGUAUUUUGCAUUUUGUUUCAUGUGAGGAAGCUAUCAAACUAGCUAACGGAACAUCGGUGGUUAUACACAGAUGCCAGUUUGUGUGGGAAAUAAUGCGCGGAUGGGCAUCUUAAGCUUUCCUCCACCAGUAAAGUUAAAAAGCGCCAUAUGAGAAUUACAGCGAAAGAAGAAAAGAUUAAUUUUGAAUGUUAUAUAGCAAGAAAUGAAGCAUUUGCAAUUAAGAAGUGUAAAAAUAAGUAUCGAUGGCAAAUCGAUGUGCGAAUAAUAUUGUUCGAGUUACACAUUAUCAAGUCAUGACCACUUAACUUUCCCACGAAAAUUGACAAAAUAUAUCUAAGAACACAAAAAUUUACUUUUAACGAGAGUAGAAUUUGUAAACAUUAGAAUAAAAAAAAACAGAACUUUCCUUGGCAACAUUGAAUAAAAAACGGACUAUUAUGGUUCCUAAAUGAAACAUUUAACGAUAUCUAUAAUGUUCGUACUUUUACAGUUAAAACGUAAAGAAUUGAUAAUUUAAUUAUAUAUUUAGACAGCAGAGGAUGGCAUGACGGUAUGAUUCAUAUACGAAUGUAAAAGGAAGUAUGUGUUUUUCACUAAAAUCCCCAGCUACCUGGUAUUCUAUAAUUAGGACUGUAAAUAUCUGUUCUCGGAUCACAGAUUUAUUUAACAGGUACUUUUUAUCAUUCGAAACAUUGUAAGGUAGAUUAUUAGAUAUACAUUAUAAAUGUGCAAGAAAAAUUCUUUAUUAGCAAAUUUUUGCCGUAUAAAUGGAUGUGUAUGGACAAUAAAGUGCAUUUGCGAGAUUCCUUUGAAAACGCAAUGGCAGGACUUUUCUGGGUGUUUUUGUUUACUGUACUCCAAACUGGAUUUUCGAUGCCAACAUGUCAAGAAUGUGUAUGCUGCAGUGAUGGACAUCAGUUCUGUGAUUCAAAUUAUGAUUGUGUUGACGGAUGUAUUGCCGGAUAUUUUGGCGAGAGAUGCACAAAUGAGUGUAUACAAAAUUGCAAAAGCUGUGUAAAUGGUUAUGAAUGCACAGAGUGCCGACCUGGUUAUUAUACCAACAAAUGUAACUUACUAUGUGGAAAAGGUUGUGUUAACAAUACAUGCUCAGUUUCAUCUGGAGAAUGUUCUUGUAAAUCGGCUAAAUUUGCAACAGGUAAAUGUGAUACUUGUUUGGGAAAUAUGUAUGGUGAGGAAUGUAAUAAUGCGUGUCCUAUUAACUGUGGGUCCUGUAUAUUAGGUACAGAAUGUUCAUGGUGUAUAAACACUGCUUAUUACGGAUCAUAUUGUCAGUACAGAUGUCCGGUUGGUUGUUUCGAUGGAAGAUGUAAUAAAGGAAAUGGAUACUGUCAAAAAGGAUGCAAACUUGGUUUUGUCGGUAGUAAAUGUGACAUGUGCUCGUUUGGUUUAUACGGAACCUUUUGUGAUUUAAAUUGCACAGAUAACUGUUUGACAUGUUUUUCGGACACAAACUGUACAUAUUGUGCAAGACAUACAGGAGCCUGUUUACAUGGAUGCAAAUCCGUUUCAAAUUACGGGGAUUAUUGUGAGAAGCAAUGUAGUGAUACUUGCAACAAUAGAAGCUGCGACUGGAAAACGGGGCAGUGUUUGGAAGGUUGCGUGAUGAAUUAUUAUGGAUCGUUUUGCGAUACUUUAUGUCCUUUUUCGUGUUUACCCGGUAACGACAAACGUGUAUGUGAUGAAAUAAAUGGACGCUGUUUACUGGGUUGCAGAGAUGGUAUCUAUGGCAAUAAAUGUAAAAACAAAUGCACCACCCUAUGUGUGAAUACUACCUGCAACAAAAUAACAGGGGAAUGCUUGUACGGAUGUAUACACGGAUUUAAAGGGCCGAACUGUCUUGAAGCAAUAAUUCUUGAGCGAGAAUGCUACAGCAAAGGCACCCUUAUAGGUUCUAUAUUUGGUUCAUUUCUAGCUGGUGGUGUUGUUGCAGUUGCAGCUUUAUUUGCCUUCAUAACAUGGAGGCGGAGGGCGUUAAAUGGAUAUUACAAUUCAGAAUUCUUUAUAUUUCAUAAAGAUAUCACACAUGAAGACGGCUCUCCUGUUGCAUAUGAAGAUUUUAAUUCACGUGACGAGAUAGCAUACAGUCAGAUCUCUACAAAUCAGCAGAUAUCACCACCAGAAGAUGUUUAUACUGUGUUAUUUAAAGGUAUCACAGUUGACACCAUGACAAGAUUGGUUUCAGUAAUUUUGGUGUUAGUGUGUCAGAUUGGGUUAUCGAUGCAGGCUUGCAAUGAAUGUGCAUGUUGUAAAGGAAGUCAUAAUUGUGAUUCCAACAAUAAUUGUGUUGAUGGUUGUAUCGACGGUUAUUAUGGUAAUAAAUGUACAGAGGAGUGUCUAGAAAAUUGUAAAACUUGUGUUAAUUGUACUGGAUGUACUGAAUGUCGACCUGGUUAUUAUACCAACAAAUGUAAUUUGCAAUGUGGGAAAGGUUGUCUCAACAAUACAUGUUCGUUUGAAUCAGGUCAAUGUUCUUGUACAUCAAUUAAUUUUGUUAAAGGUUAUUGUGAUACCUGCUUAGGUUUAAAAUAUGGAGAUGAAUGUAACAAUACAUGUCCUAGUAACUGUGGAAGUUGCAUAUCAGAUACAGAAUGUCCAUGGUGUAUAAACAGUUUUUAUUACGGAUCAUAUUGUCAGUAUAGAUGUUCAGUUGGUUGCGACGAUGGAUCAUGCAAUAAAAAUACUGGAUAUUGUACUGAAGGUUGCAAGCCUGGCUUUACUGGGGACAAAUGUAAUACAUGCUCACCUGGAUUGCACGGUCGUUUCUGUGAUCUAAAUUGCACAGAAAAUUGUUUAACUUGCCUUUCGGCGACAAAUUGCUUGACGUGCAAAUUUGGGUUUUACAGUGACACGUGUAUGAACACCUGUCCGACAGGUUGUGAUGGAAACUGUUCACUUAUUGGUUGUAGAUGUUCUGAUUGCAAGCCGGGAUUUUACGGAGAAUAUUGUAACCAUACGUGUAGAAAUGAAACUUAUGGUUAUAAUUGUUCACAACUAUGUCGUAAUGUCGACGAACAUUGCAAUACAUGUAUCACAAGUGAAUCAGGAAAAUAUGGUGACUGUUUAAUAUGCGACAGAGGAUAUUACCUAAUAUCUCCUUUUGAACAAACCGUUAACAUAUGUAGAGUCUGUCCAAAUAACUGUUUAGAUAAAAUAUGCGAUACAGUUGGGUUAUGCAACAUCGGGUGUGUCCGGGGAAAGUGGGGAGAUAGGUGCAACUUUGAUUGUGAAAUUAACUGUGUAGAGUGCAAUAAAAAAGAUGGACAAUGUUUAGAGUGCACACGUGACAUGUUCUCAGAGAAUUGCACACAAACAUGCAGUUCAACUUGCAAUCGGAUCGACGAUGGUCGAACUUGUGCUCAAGAUACAGGAACGUGUUUACAGGGAUGCAAAUCAUUCACAAAAUAUGGAGAAUAUUGUGAAAAACAUUGUAGUGAUACUUGCAACAAUAAAAGCUGCGACUUGAAAACGGGAUAUUGCACAGACGGGUGUGCAAUGAAUUACUAUGGAUCGUUUUGCGACAAAACAUGUGCAGAUGCAUGUCAAUCAAAUGAAAGGAAGCGGGUUUGUGAUGUUGAAAACGGGGAUUGCUUGUAUGGAUGCAAAGAUGGAUUCCGUGGAAAGAGAUGUAACAACAUAUGCGACAGGGAUUUAAAGGACCGAAAUGCGUUGAAGGUAUAUAAAAUCACAUCGAUACAACCCGGUCAAGAAGGCCAUACCACAGGUACAUUGAUAGGAUCUAUAGCUGGGUCAUUUGUAGCUGGUGGUAUUAUUGUUGGAGUUGCCACUUUGAUUGCCUUUAUUGUAUGGAGACGAAGACAUGGAUGUGAUAAACAAGCAGACAAACAUGGAUACGAAAAAAAGCCUGUGCCUGGUGAAAAUUGUCCCAACGAUUGCACAUUUGAGAUGAACUCUCCUGUUACAUAUGAAGCUUUGAAAUCACGUGACGAGAUACUAUACAGUCAGAAUACUACAAAUCAGCAGAUAUCACCACCAGCAACUGUUUAUGAAGUACAGUUAAUCUCACAAAACCCAAGGUCAUCUUUACGGGUUCGUAAUCCAAUAAAACAGGUGUUAGGUUUAAGAAAAUCUGCUGAAACUCACGAUGAUAGUUUCAUGGAAUACAGUACCACAGUUGACACCAUGACAAGAUUGGUCUCAGUAAUUUUGGUGUUAGUGUGUCAGAUUGGGUUAUCGAUGCAGGCUUGCAAUGAAUGUGCAUGUUGUAAGGGAAGUCAUAAUUGUGAUACCGUUAGGAAUUGUCGCGAUGGUUGUAUCGACGGAUACUAUGGUGAUAAAUGCACAACGGAGUGUCUGGAAAAUUGUAAAACUUGUGUAAAUGGUUAUGGAUGUACAGAAUGUAAACCUGGUUAUUAUACUGACAAAUGUAUAAUACCAUGUGGGAAAGGUUGUCUUAAUAAUACAUGCAAACUUAUAUCAGGAGAAUGUACCUGUAAAUCGUCUAAUUUUAUUGGAAGUAAAUGUGAUGCUUGCGUAGGUUUAUGGUAUGGUGAUGAAUGUAACAAUACAUGUCCUAGUAACUGUGGAAGUUGUAUAUCAGAUACAGAAUGUACCUGGUGUGUAAACACUGCUUAUUACGGAUCGUAUUGUCAGUAUAGAUGCUCACCUGGCUGUGACGAGGGGAAAUGUCGUAAAUAUGAUGGAUAUUGUUCUAGUGGUUGCAAACCUGGUUAUAUUGGUGACAAAUGUGAUGCAUGCUCACCUGGAACAUAUGGUAACUAUUGUGAAUUACCUUGCCCGGAAAAUUGUUAUAAAUGUGUUUCGGCAUCAAAUUGUACCGUAUGCAAAACCGGCUUCUAUGGGGAAACAUGCACUAAUACAUGUUCAUCAGGUUGCUAUGGCAACUGUUCUAUUGCUGACGGUCGAUGCUUUGAAUGUAGACCGGAUUUUGUUGGAGAAUUUUGUGACACAUGUAAGGAUGGAACAUAUGGAGUUAAUUGUUCCAAACUCUGUCGUGAUACUGAUUUGAAUUGUCAAGAGUGCAUCUCCGAUGAAUUAGGUAUAUUUAGAAACUGUAUAAAAUGUAACAGUGGGUCCUAUAUAGUAUCUCCUUUUGAUCAAAGUUUUAGCAGGUGUAUAAAUUGUUCAAAUGGCUGUAUUGACAAUACAUGCAGUACAGAGGGAUUAUGUGAAAGUGGAUGUGUUCGAGGAAAAUGGGGAGAUAUGUGCAAUUCUAAUUGUCCAACAAGCUGUUUAGAAUGCAGUCAAACAGAUGGAUCAUGUUUGGAUUGUACACGGGACACAUUUUCAGAUGAUUGCUCACAAAACUGUAACACAAAUUGCAAUGUGACUGCCAAUGAUCGUAUUUGCACAAGAGAUGUUGGGAAGUGUUUACAUGGUUGUAAAUCAAUUACUAAAUAUGGGGAAUAUUGUGAAAAUCCAUGUAGUUAUACUUGCAAAAACGAAACAUGUGACUGGAAAACGGGACAUUGUCUAGAAGGAUGUGUUAUAAAUUACCAUGGAUUGUUCUGUGACAAUUUAUGUUCUACUUCAUGUCUAUCUUAUACCGGCAAACGUGUGUGUGAUGAUAUAAAAUGUCAUUGUUUAUUUGGAUGCAAAAAGGGUUUUAGUGGAAACAAAUGUGACAAAUUAUGCAGUAGCCAAUGUAUAAAUAUAACUUGCAACCAGGUAACAGCUGAAUGCUUGUAUGGUUGUACAGACGGAUUUAAAGGUUCGAAAUGUCUUGAAGCAAUAUUACUGUAUCGAGAUGGCAUUCUGAUAGGAUCGAUAGUAGGAUCAAUUUUAGCAGGUGGCAUUGUUGUUGGAGUUAUCGCUUUGGUUGCCUUUAAAGUAUGGAAGCGUAGGAAUGGAAAUAACAAAGAAACAAAUACCCAUGGAUACGAAAAUACUCAAGUGGAUGACGAAUAUCGUACAAAUGGUACAAAUGAAGACACACAUGACAGCGACAGUCCUGUGACAUACGAAGAUUUGAAGUCACGUGACGACAGAUUAUACAGUGAGCUAAGUACAAGUCACCAGUUAUCACCACCACCAGCUGAUUAUGUUAACUCUAGCUAAUUAGGAAUUACUUUACAAAUUUUAGAACAAAUCCUGUUUUCUUCAAUUGUUUUAGUGAUUAGUAUAGUUUUUUUAAAUGCAUUAAUGUGUUUCGUCUGAAACUGAACAAAACCGAAAUAUAUGUUAGUUUUUGUUUCCACUAAAACAGUUAUUAUGAUUGCAUGACCUGCUCCAAUUAUAUUUUUUUUGUGACAACCAAAAUGUAUGUUGAAAAGUUGUUUUGCUUUUGAAAAGCAUCUUUUUUACAGAUAAAAUCUAAAUUAUAUGAAUGCUUUUGAUUAUUUUUUAACAUUGUGUUUUAUAUUAUACAUGCAUAUGUAAUAAUAAUUAUACAACACAGUACAAACAUAUAAGUACAUUUAUAUAUGAUAAUAAACGCAAUAAUAUUUCGUAUGGAGUAUUUGAUUGUUAUAAAUAUCUAUUCGUCCAUACCAUUUAUACGUUGUAAGAAACUUUUGAACACAUGUGAAUAUUACAUUACUUCCUGUUACGUUCAAGUGCGGAUCUUAAUUAUAAUAAGAGUGGCAAAGUAGCACUAUAAAUCUUACACACAUAAUAGGUAGAGCAUAAUGCGAUGACAAAGCAAAAGUUUGAUGCGUAUCUUGCAACGAAAAAGAAUAUUUUUUAAACAUAUGAACACACAGAAGUAUUUAUAUAUUGGUCGCCGUAGUAAACAGGAUUCUUCAUUUUACACUUAUAUGGUAGCUGUUCACUUUUACAGGUUAAGGUCAAGUUCUAUGUGUAACUUCAAAAUAAUUAUAUUUUUUCUUAACUAUACUAAGAUUUGUAGUUUAUAACAUUUUAGUAAAUAAGGAACUUUAUCCGUGUACUUGUUUUACAGUUUUUGAUAUUUUCUUAAAUUAUGUAUUACUUUA